GAGGAACCUCAAAACUAAACCAAUAAUGGAUCUGUUUAAUUCACUUGUUUGGCUUCCAUUUCUCCUCCUCCUUCCCCUAUUGCUAAUCUUCAAGAAGAAGACCCAACAUGUGAACAAAGAGCUCAAGAAUCUCCCUCCGAGCCCACCCAAGGUGCCCAUUAUCGGUAACUUGCACCAGCUCGGUGCACUGCCACACAGUUCUCUAAGCCAACUUGCUAGCAAAUAUGGUCCGCUCAUGCUCCUUCAUCUCGGUCGUAUACCGGUCCUAAUCGUUUCAUCGGCGGAUGCCGCGAAGGAAGUGUUGAAGGUCAAUGAUCUCGCAUGUUGCAGCCGGCCUAAGCUAACCGGUGUUGGGAGGCUUUCGUACAAUUAUAUAGACGUAGCAUUUUCGCCAUACAAUGAGUACUGGAGAGAACUGCGCAAACUAUGUGUUCUUGAGAUUUUUAGUGUCAAAAGAGUGAAAUCUUUCCGGUUCGUGAGAGAAGACGAGGUCGGGUCGUUGAUGGAUUUUAUCUCUCAGUCGGCAUCAUCGUCGCCGACUGAUCCGGUGAAUUUGACUGAGAAGGUAUUUGCCUUUUCUGGGAGCAUAAUUUUCAGAACAGCUUACGGUAAAUCCUUCCGUGGAAGCGAGUUUGAUCGUCGUAAGUUCUACGAAUUGAUUCACGAUGCCGAGACGGUGGCCGGAGCUUUUUGCUACGACGAAUGCUUUCCGGGAUUCGGCUGGAUUGUGGACUGGAUAAGUGGUCAUAAAGGAAGAGUAGACAGAGUUUUCCGUAAGUUGGAUACGUUGUUUCAACAGUUGAUCGAAGACCAUCGUAAACCUGAAAGGACAAAACAUGAGGACGACAUUAUCGACGUGAUGCUCGGAAUUCAAAAGAAACAAAUCGAGGAACACGGUCAUGCUUGGAUCACCAAAAAUCACAUCAAAGCAAUUCUCUUGAACAUGUUCCUGGGCGGCAUCGACACCAGCGCGCUUACUGUAAUAUGGGCAAUGGCGGAGCUUAUGAGAAAACCACCAUUGAUGAAGAAAGCACAAGCUGAAGUUCGAGGGAUCGUGGGGAAGAAGAAAGGAAGAGUACCGGAAACCGAUCUAGAUCAACUUCAAUACGUCAAGCUGAUCAUAAAAGAAACCCUAAGAUUGCAUCCUCCGGCGCCGUUGCUGCUUCCAAGAGAAUCAAUCUCACACUUCAAAAUCAACGGUUUCAACAUUUAUCCCAAAACACUUAUCCAAGUCAAUGCUUGGGCCAUUGGAAGGGAUCCAAAGUACUGGAAAAACCCAGAAGAGUUCUCCCCGGACAGGUUUAUUGAAGACACCAUGGAUUCCAAAGUACAGCGCUUUGAGUUGUUGUCAUUUGGAGGUGGCAGAAGAGGGUGUCCGGGGAUGUACAUGGGAACCGUUGCAUCGGAGCAUUUACUCGCGAAUCUCUUGUAUUGUUUCGAUUGGGCUUUGCCUGCUGGGACAAAAGAGGCGGAUGUUAAUAUGGAAGAACAGACAGGUCAGUGCCUUACCCUCUCGAAAAAGACACCUCUUCUUCUUGUGCCAAUUAGCCAGGCAUCUCACUAGGCAAAGUGGGUGCUCUUGUCUAAACCAACCCCCAUCUAGCCAUGCACUUGACCUAGUGUUAAAUAAGAGGGACAAGUGAUCGGAUCAGUAGACUAUUAUUACGAAUAGAAUUUAUGUUUU